AUGGCCGAACGUGUCUUUAAAUUUGUACGGCUUCUCUCUUUUUUCUCCCCCAAGUUUUUGAGAGUCGAUCAAGAUAAAGACAAAGACUGUAGCUUGGACUGUGCGGGCUCUCCCCAGAAACCUCUCUGUGCGUCUGACGGAAGGACCUUCCUAUCCCGCUGCGAAUUUCAACGCGCCAAGUGCAAAGACCCGCAGCUGGAGAUCGCUUACAGAGGCAACUGCAAAGACAUGUCCAGGUGUGUGGCCGAACGGAAGUACACCCAGGAGCAAGCCCGGAAGGAGUUCCAGCAAGUGUUCAUUCCUGAGUGCAAUGAGGACGGCACCUACAGCCAGGUCCAGUGUCACAGCUACACGGGAUACUGCUGGUGCGUCACGCCCAACGGAAGGCCCAUCAGUGGCACGGCCGUGGCCCACAAGACACCCAGGUGCCCGGGUUCCAUAAAUGAAAAGUUACCCCAACGGGAAGGCACAGGAAAAACAGAUGAUGCCGCGGCUCCGGCGUUGGAGACUCAUCCUCAAGGAGAUGAGGAAGAUAUUGCAUCUCGUUAUCCUACUCUUUGGACGGAGCAAGUUAAAAGUCGACAGAACAAAACCAAUAAGAAUUCAGUGUCGUCCUGUGACCAGGAGCACCAGUCCGCCCUCGAGGAAGCCAAGCAGCCCAAGAACGACAACGUGGUGAUCCCGGAGUGCGCUCACGGCGGGCUCUACAAGCCGGUGCAGUGCCACCCCUCCACGGGGUACUGCUGGUGCGUCCUGGUGGACACGGGGCGCCCCAUUCCCGGCACAUCCACCAGGUACGAGCAGCCGAAGUGUGACAACACAGCCAGGGCGCACCCAGCCCGAGCCAGGGACCUGUACAAGGGCCGGCAGCUGCAGGGUUGUCCUGGUGCCAAAAAGCACGAGUUUCUGACCAGCGUUCUGGACGCGCUGUCUACGGACAUGGUCCACGCUGUCUCCGACCCCUCCUCCCCGUCCGGCAGGCUCUCAGAACCCGACCCCAGCCACACGCUGGAGGAGAGAGUGGUGCACUGGUAUUUCAAACUCCUCGACAAAAAUUCCAGCGGGGACAUCGGCAAGAAGGAAAUCAAACCCUUCAAGAGAUUCCUUCGGAAAAAAUCAAAGCCCAAAAAAUGUGUGAAGAAGUUUGUGGAAUACUGUGAUGUGAACAACGACAAGUCCAUCUCUGUGCAAGAAUUGAUGGGCUGCCUGGGUGUCACCAAAGAGGAAGGCAAAGCCAACGCGAAGAAGCGCCACACCCCUAGAGGUAAUGCUGAAAGCACUUCCAAUAGACAGCCAAGGAAGCAAGGAUGAGCCGCUCACAGCCAAGGCAGUUCCUAGACAUGUGGGAAACUCCCUCACCAAAGAGCAAUUUAAAAAACAAAAACACAUAGUAUUUGCACUUUGUACUUUAAAUGUAAAUUCACUUUGUAGAAAUGAGCUAUUUAAACAGACUGUUUCGAUCUGUGAAAGCUGGCUUUGCAAAAUUAAUCACAUACAAUGUAUGUGCCCUGUUUUGACCUUUGAAAUCUGCGCUCGGUGGAGAUGAAUUUUGAGUGCAUCUAAGCUUAAUCUCUCCGUCCUACACAUUUUAACAGUAGAAAUCUCAGCGUGAGGCUCUUCGGUUGCGAUCCUGCGUCUUUCCCCCAACCAGAGCCGUGCCUGGCAGUCUGCGGUAGCUGCAGCGUCGUUGGACUGUUGGGAGCUUCACGUUUUCAUAGACGUUUGAAACGUGCUGCUGACCCAUCCUGCAGUUAACAUUCACGGGUUGGUUUGUUUCUCGGGAUUUUGUGUUUGUUUCCUUUUGCUUUCCAGAGAUGGCACUCACACAAUGAAUUAUGCAACCACUAAAGCAAUCCAAUUAAAUACAGGUAGCGGUAGGAAAGGAUAUUUUCAAACUAUCUUCGGUGUGAUAGUUUGGUUCCAACUGUCUUUGUUUUUCCAUUUCAAGCUUCUGUUUGAGUUCUGCCUUGGGCUCGGAUUAAUCCUGCCAUUAAAUGUCGAGAGAACGGCUCCCGCUAUUGGGAGGCAGCCCAGAAGGAGCCCGUCCCGCAGGAAAGUGAAUCCAGUUGUGGUGCCACUGAGCUCCACACGCUCGCUGCCUUUCCCCCCACGCACGGGGCCACUUCCCUCCUGCCGUGGCCCACCCCGGGGGCCCCCGGGAGGCAAAAUUAUCACCUGGGGAAAUGAUGGACAGCCCCCUAAUGAGACACAGCCGGAUGAAUCGUGCCCCGGGCGUUCGUCGGCAGCCAAGCAGAAGCGCCUGCAGGGCCCACGGUUUCCUUCCUUCUGUCCCGAAGGCCUCAAGGACUUGCCCGCGGGAGGCUGGUGAGGGGGUGGGAGUGGGACGCCCCCACUGGACGGCAGGACCCGCCCGCAGUGUGCACGCCAGCUGCCAGCCCCA